AUGCCAAAAUUAAUGGUUUCGCCCUCUUUAUGUUCCUCUACCUCUUCUUCAACUCGCCGGCGGCGGUCAAAUACAUUUAUCACAAUAUUUCAAAUGCUCACUAAAUUUUUAAAUCAAAGAAAAUAUGCAGCUAAGCCUGUAUUGACUAUUUAUGUGGUGCAAAUGUUGUUGAUUGCUCCCUUUAUUAUCCGUUCAGGUGUUCCUUUAAAUUUGAAUGCGUUAAUGAAGCCAUUUCAAAGAAUGUAUGCAAAAGGAAUUGAAUUUGAUAUAAACACAUUAGUUAUGAUAGCUUCUGCUUAG